UUAAAAUACAAUAAAUUACACUUGUGAAACAGAUGUAAUUAGAGAAAAAAGUCCUGUUACCCUUUAUAGUUUAGGUAGAUAAAGGUCUCAGUCACAUCUGAGUAAAAUAAUCCUAUUUCUAUAAAUGUCAUAGGAUCUUUUUUUUAAAGAUAUUUUAUUUUCACGGACCCCUUGCAAUUACACCACGGACCACUAGGGGUCCGCGGACCCCCGGUUGAGAAACACUGGACUAAAGGGUCCGACCCGUCAAUCAGCGGCCAUCCAUGCGCAUUACAGUAUACCCCUUUGGUUUUAUAGGUAUUUUGAAUUCAUCAGGAAAUUCCCCAUAAGACAGUAAAUAACACAUGUGAUCAAGUGACUGGUCAGUGUUCCAACACCAAACCACGUGUGAGAGAAAGUAGUCCUGUUUUUAUACUGGACGUCAGCGAGACAUCGUUCCGUCCUCGCCCGCCCGUCUCUGAGUCACACCACGUGACGCGCCCGUCACGUGCUGGCGUGUCACGUGACUCGGCCAGUUCCUGCUAGCUAGCCCCGCCGCACACCGUCGGGCUCUUUGCUGUAUCAUGUAGCGACCCACCUCCGGACUCCGACGACAGAUUGCGCAGGGGACAACAUGGGAUUUCCGCGCCAACCCGACCGCUCCGCGUCGCCCAGAACCCGCGUGAGCUCGAGCGUGUGGCUCGCCGCGUCAUUGCUGCUGCUGUGCGCGCUGGCGUCCCGCGGACAGGGCUCGGACCUGUGGUAUCGGGACCUCUGCAGUUUUAAAUGGGAGGCCAUUGACCAGGACAACAAUGUAAAGUAUACUCUGAAGCUCUGCGACUCUUCGCCGGAAACUAGCUGUGGGCCCAGCACUGCUGUCUGCGCCCGGAACCUGACGACACAGAAAGUCCGGUCUGUCGGUGAGCUGUCACUGCAGAGACUGACCGACCACGUGCUGGACUACAAUGGCGUAACACAAUGUCCCGGCAGCAGCAACAACGUCCAGACCAGCAUCAGCUUCCAGUGUGGGAAAACCAUGGGGACCCCCGAAUUCGUCACCGUGUCCCAGUGUGUGCAUUACUUGGAGUGGAAGACCUACGCUGCCUGCAGGAAGGACACAUUCAGACCACACAAAGAGGUGCCCUGCUACGUGUUUGGCUCGGAUGGUAAAAAGCACGACCUGAAUCCACUGAUCAAGCUGACCGACGGCUACUUAGUGGACGAUGCUGACGACAGCGUCGACUUCUACAUCAACAUCUGCCGCAGCCUCAAUCGCCCGGACAGCCCCUGCCCCGACGGCUCGGCCGCCUGUCUCACCACCAGCCAGGGGUCCUACGACAUGGGCUCGCCCACCCAGCAGCUGGAGCUGGUGUCCAGCGACAGGUUGAGACUACAGUACAAGGUCGAUGCUGGCUCGUCCACGCCAGACUUCUGCAAUGGACAUUCCCCCGCUGUCACCAUUACCUUCAUCUGCCCCUCCAGCAGACAGCAGGGCAGCAACCCCGUGAUGACGGCCAAGGCUAACUGUCGUUAUGAGGUGAAGUGGGUGACGGAGUACGCCUGCCACAGAGACUACCUGGAGAGCCACUCCUGCCUACUGACCAGCGAGCAGCACGACAUCUCCAUCGACCUCACACCUCUCAUCCUGGCCUCUUCGGACCACCCUUACUUCGCCGAGUUCAAGUCCAGCGACGGGCAACACAACUAUAUCUACUACCUGAACGUGUGUGGGAGUGCCAAGACGGAGGAGUGUGGCGAUGAGACGGAAUUUAUAUCAGUCUGCCAGGUGGGCAACGGAGACGUCAAGAAGAUCGCAGGCCGAUACCAGAACCAGACGCUCAGGUAUUCUGAUGGAGACCUGACUCUGAUCUACCCAGAUGGUAGCGACUGCUCCUCGGGCUUCCAGAGAAUGACCAUCAUUAACUUUGAAUGCAGUGAGGAUGCAGCCAACAAUGGGCGAGGGGCUCCCGUGUUUGCAGGCGAGACAGACUGCACCUACUACUUUGACUGGAAGACAGCUUACGCUUGUGUCAAGGAGAAGGAGGACCUGCUGUGUCAGGUCGCUGACAAAAGGAAACUCUAUGACCUCUCAACCCUCACACGAUACCCCGAGUCUGAGGCGGCCCAGAACUGGGAGGCGGUAGAUGCCAAUACGCCAGAGUCAGACCAGCGUCGCUUCUACCUCAACGUCUGCCACAAAGUCAUCCAGAGAGGAGCUGCCACGGGCUGCCCUGACGAUGCCGCCAUCUGUGCCGUGGACAAGGACCACAGAGCCACCAGUCUGGGGAAGUUCCUCUCCUCCCCCCUGAAAACCGAAGGAGGAGACGACAUCAGGUUGAUUUACACCAAUGGCAGCGAGUGUUGGAAGAAUGUCAAGAUCAAAACCAUCAUCACCCUCAAAUGCAAACCAGGGGAUCUGGAGAGCGCUCCCAUCAUGCGGACCAAGUCUGACGGCUGUGUGUAUGAGAUUGAGUGGUACACCGCUGCAGCUUGCGUCCUGUCAAAAACCGAAGGCGACAAAUGCAAAGUGGAGGACCGCCAGGCUGGCUUCUCCUUCGACUUAUCGCCUCUCUCCAAACUCAACGGGGGCUUUUACAAUUUGACCAGCGGCGUCUACGACUACUACAUCAAUGUGUGCGGUGCCGUCACGGCGGCUAAGUGUCCUCCGAACGCCGGGGCGUGCCAGGUCGACAGAAGCCUGAACUCCUGGAGUUUAGGGGGGUCCAACUCACGUUUAUCUUACUACAACGGGGUUAUCCAGCUGACCUACAGCAAUGGCUCCCAGUACAACAACAGAGGACACACCCUCCGCUCCACCCUCAUCUCCUUCCUCUGCGACCGGGACGCCGGGGUGGGCAGACCUGAGUUCCAGGUGGAGGACAAUUACACGUACAACUUCCUGUGGUACACGUCCUACGCCUGUCCCGAGCGGCCCCACGAGUGUGUGGUGACUGAUCCCAAAACCUUGGAGCAGUAUGACAUCUCCAGCCUGUCUCGCACCAGCUCCAGCAGGAACUGGCAGGUCAUGGAUCAGUCUGACCCCAACAGCCUCAGGAAGUACUACAUCAACGUGUGCCGGCCCAUCACUCCUGUAACAGGCUGCGACCGCCAGGCGUCAGUCUGCCAGAUGAAGUACGAGUCACAGCAGGGUACCCUGACAGAAACGGUGUCAGUCAGCAACAUGGGCACAGCAAAGCGAGGCCCGGUCAUCGAGGGGCCCGACAGGCUGCUGCUGGAGUUCACCGACGGCUCGGCCUGCCUCUCGGAUGGCUCGCAGCAUGCCUACACUACACGCAUCCACCUCGCCUGCUCCAGGGGCGCCGUGUCGUCCGGGCCGAGGUUCUUAACUUACCAGGACUGUACCGCCAGCUUCAUGUGGGAGACCCAGGCUGCAUGCGCCAUCAGAACCGCCCAGAACGAUAGCUGUUCUGUGAUCGACCCAAACACUGGAUUUGAGUUCAACCUCCAGCCUCUGGCCUCUGAGCAAGGAUAUAAAGCUGAGGGCAAUGGCAAGAUCUUCAUGGUGAAUAUCUGUGAAGAUGUACCAGCCUGUGGCAAAGGGGUGGCGGGUUGUGAGUUGGAAGGGGAGCAACCUGUAGGUCCGGUGGGGGUGCAAAAGUCCCUCCAGUACUCAACGGACGGCCUGCUCACACUAACAUACAGGGGAUACCUAGACAAACCCACAGGGACCCGAGACAUCUAUGUCAUUAGUUUUGUGUGUGAUCCACACUCACACCCCGGCACUCUGAAACUGGUGAAAGAGGACCUGGGUUCAUCCACACAUACGACUCACAAUGUCUUGUUCGAGUUCUCCACUGCUCUGGCCUGCAGCCCUGCCCCAGUGGCCUGCCAGGUUACCGAUUCCCACGGUAAUGAGUAUGACCUGAGCCACCUGACGAGGGAUGACGACGACAGCCCCUGGAUUGCAGUUGAUACCUCAGACCAGGCUAAAACACGUCGCUUCUACCUGAACGUGUGCAAGCCCCUGCCUCCUGGUCACGGCUGCCCCAUGGGUCCGCUGGGUGCAUGCGGCAGUAUUGGCGGCACCAGUGUGAGUCUGGGUUACAUCCAGUCCAGCCCGCAGAUGGCAGGGGACGGCUCCAUCAGCAUUCUCUAUCAGAACGGAGACCGGUGUGGUGCCACAACUCGCUACUCCACCCGCAUCAUCCUCCAGUGCGACGACAACCCGGGUUCCCCUGUGUUUGAUCGUCAAGACGGCUGUGAAUAUGUUUUCAUCUGGAGGACCUCUGAGGCCUGCCCGGUUAGGAAAAGUCAAGGCGAAGAGUGCCGAGUGCAGGACCCGCGGAGCGGCUAUGAGUUUAACCUGAGCUCCCUGAAGGGGAGAGAUUACCCCGUGAGGAGUGGCAAGUACAUCUACCACCUCUCAGUUUGUGGGGGGCUCCAGCGCGGAGUCUGCACCAACAAGGAAACAGGAAGUGACCUGGUCUCUUGCUGCCAGGUGGACGGAAGCACUCACAAGAUAGCAGGUAUGGCCUCCCAGACUCUAAGCUUUGUGGGUGACCAACUCAUCCUGAACUACACCAAUGGAGAGACCUGUCAUAAAGUCUACAAGAGAUCCACUGAGAUCUACUUCUCCUGCCAACCAGAUAUGCACCCUGGGGCUCCAGAGUUCAUUAAGGAAACACUAGAGUGUACCUAUCUGUUCAACUGGCGCAGCGCCCUGGCCUGUGUCCCUGUCACAACCUCCAGCUGCUCCUAUAAUGAUGGCCGUGGGCACUCUUACGACCUUUCCUCCCUGGCCAUGGACGGUCGGAAUUGGGUGGUGGUGUCCUCUGCUGGUGACACCGAGAGACGCUUCUAUAUUAACGUUUGCAAGUCGCUGGUGCAGCAGGGAGGUUCCUGGAAGUGUCCGUCGAGUGCGGCGUCCUGUCUGAAGGACGGCGACGUUUACGAGAGCUUAGGGGAGGCCAAGUCUGCCCCGAGUUGGGACAGGGACGUGCUGAAGCUGGAGUACACUAACGGACACCUGUGUCCGGACAACAUCAGGAGGAAAAGCACCGUCAUCCGCUUCCUGUGUGACAAAGACAAAGUGGACACACGCCCCACCCUGAUCUCUGCCAUUGAAAACUGUGUGUACACCUUCCUCUGGUCCGCUGCCGCGGCCUGCCCUCUCAACAGCAGCCUCCAUGAUGACUGCAGGGUAACCAACCCUGCUACAGGACAUCUGUUCGACCUGAACCCCCUGCAAGUGACUGGAGGCUACACCAUCUACGACCACGGCGACUACAGGAAGAUGUUCCGCCUCAACGUGUGUGGGGAGAUUGCCAAGGCUGGAUGUAGCCCUGGGACCGGUGUUUGUAUCAAGGACAGUAGCAGUGCAGUGAGUGCUGGUCAGGUCAGCAAGAAGCUAUCCUACCUGGAUCAGGUGCUGGAGCUGACCUACGAAGGAGGAGAUGCCUGCACCGCUAACCCUGCCCUAAAACACAAGAGUGUCAUCAGCUUCAUCUGCAGGUCUCACAGCUCAAGCUCGACCCCCAGUGAGCCAGUCUUGGUGGACUCAGAUGUUAACACCUGCACACACUUCUUCUCCUUCCACACUUCGCUUGUCUGCGAACAGCCUGUGAAGUGCUCCAUCCUUAAUGGCUCUCACCUCAUCGACCUGACUCCUCUAAUUCACAUCACCGGCUACUACACUGCCACAGAUGAUGAUGUGGAUCCAAAUGAAGGGUCUCCAGACUUCUACCUCAACAUCUGCCAGCCUCUCAACCCCAUACCUGGGGUGACAUGUCCCCCUGGAGCUGCUGUUUGCAUGGACCCUGAUGAUGGACCACCUAUUGACAUAGGGAAGUCGACCGCUGGUCUGCAGAUCAACAGUGCAACCAACGAGGUGUCAAUCACCUACACCAGCUUCACCCGCUGCUUGUCUGAUCCCGCUCAGAACUAUACCUCCACCAUCAUAUUCACCUGCCAGCGAGGCCUGGAAUUAGGCUCUCCUCAGAUGAUUCGCCAGCAGGACUGCCUCUUUGUGUUUGAGUGGGCUACCCCCGUUGUGUGUCCUGACACCACGCAUACCACCGGCUGCCAACUCCAUGACUCGCUGCUCCAGUUCACCUUUGACCUUUCGUCCCUUGCUGGAGAAGUCUCGGUACCGGUCGGGUCAAAGAGCUACCGGAUCAACGUCUGCAGUUCAGUGGCAGAGCCGGCUUGUAAGAAGAGUGCCGUGUGCAAGAUAUCCGAUUCAGGGGCACCCACGUCCGCAUCGUCAUUUGGGAUCAGUCAAGUGAUGACCAUGGACUACAAGGUUGAGGAGCAGGCGAUACUGAUGCAGUAUGGAGGCGGGGACCCUUGUCCACCAGUGACGGAGCAUGAGGAGGUAUGUGUGUUCCCCUUCACCUUCACACAGAAGGAGUAUACAGAAUGCACCACAGAUGGAGGGACGGAUGGCAGGAAGUGGUGUGCCACCACCUCCAACUACGAUGUAGACAAGAAGUGGGGAUACUGUGGCGGAGUGACCGGUACACGUCAGUCCUCCAUCAUGUUUACCUGUGACCAGACCGCAGGACACGGUUCCCCCAAGCUGCUGUCAGAGACGGGGGGCUGCUCGGCCAGCUUCCAGUGGCGGACCAGCGCGGUGUGUCCACCCAGAAAGAUGGAGUGUAAGCUGGUCAGCCAGCACCAGACCUUCGACCUGCGCACCCUCUCCUCCCUCACUGAGCCGUGGAAGUUCAGCCACAGUGGAGACUCGUAUUACAUCAACCUAUGCCAGGGUGUCCACUGUGAGCUGACAGAUUGCCCAGAGGGGGCAACAAUUUGCAGGCAUACCGCAGCAGGAAAGACACAGGCCCUGGGCCGGGUCUACACCCAACAGAUGAGCUACACAGAUGAAAGAAUUGUGGUGAGCUACUCCAUGGGGGAUGCUGUGUGUGAUAAAGGCCUGAGGGCGAAGACUACGAUCAGACUCAACUGUGGCACCACUGUUGGACACCCCAAACUUAUCAGCAUGGACGAAGCCACAUGUGAGUUCGUGAUUGGCUGGGAGACUCGUGCGGCGUGUGCUGUCAAGCAACGUGAGGUGACCAUGGUCAACGGGACCAUCCAAGUCCCAGACACCGGGGUCAUCCUUAGUCUGGGAGGUCUCUAUUUUAGCCAUCACCAAGCUUCCGGAGACAACCGUCCCAAUGGGGACAACUACGUCUACCACAUCCAGCUCUCAGGCAUCACUAACAGCUCCAUGCCCAGCUGUGUUGGAGCCAACAUCUGCCAGGUCAAACUCAACGGAAACUUUCAGCGCAAGAUAGGCUCCUCCAGCAAAGCCAAGUACUACAUUAAAGGAGGCAAUCUGGAUGUGAUGGUGCCCUCUGAGUCUGUAUGUGGACGGGAGAAGACCAAGACGGUGUCAUCCACAAUCAUGUUCCACUGUAACCCUUCAGCGGGGGAGGGCAUCCCAGAAUUCAUGCUGGAGACAGACGGAUGCCAAUAUCUGUUUAUCUGGCACACCAACGCCGUCUGUGGACUAAUUGAGACGUUGGAUGACCGAGGGACGGACAACGUGGUUCCGGCUCUGUCGGCGAGGAGUCAGGCGGUCGGGGCGGUGCUCAGCAUCUUGAUAGUGGCUCUGACCAUCUGUCUCCUGGUUCUGCUCCUACACAAGAGAGAGAGGAGAGACCUGGUCAUCCAGAAGAUGACCGGCUGCUGCAGGAGAGGAAACCAAGUUUCAUACAAGUACUCCAAGGUCAAUACGGAUGAAGAGGGGGGUGAGGAAGAAAUGGAGUGGCUGAUGGAGGAACUGGAGGCUCCUCCCUCAUCCUCCACUUCCUUCUCCCAUCAUGGCCAUAGUAACCACAGCAACGGUCACAUCACCACCAAGCCGGUCAACACAGACGGCUUGCGCUCCUUCUCACUGGACGAGCAGGAAGACGAUGACAGUGAGGAUGAGGUGCUAAACGUCCCAGGGGUGCGUGUGGUCACGUCCUCUGGACCUCCCAAGAGCACCAUCAAAGCCGCUGCUGCCUCCUCUCGCUUCUUGGGGCUCCGUAGUGCCUUCCUACAGGAGGAGAGUGAUGAAGACUUGGUCGGGCUCCUGGAUGAGUCGGACAGGAAGAGGAGAAGCCAGGGAGCCGCGAAGCUGCGCGCCGCCGGCCACAACCACGUUAAUGACACGGCAGCCAAUCUGAAACGAGACGAAGAUGACAGUGACGAGGACCUCCUUCGGGUGUGAGGUCACAUGAUGACUUCCUUACUCCCCCAGCCUCCCACCCCUGCCCUCACCGUCCAAUCAGAACUCCUCUUUCUCUGUGAAUGUCUCUAUAGCAGCAACAGCAACCAUAGAAGAAGAACAAAAUGGCAACAAGUCGAAACAUCUCCCCUUCUCUGGGACUUUUUACUGAACUGCACCCUCACUUGGCCUCCCGAGGAGAUUCUUUUGUUUAUGGUCCCCUAGCAACAGACUGUACCAAAAUAAACCGGAGGUAACGUUAGCACACGGUUUGCUGAUAUUUGUUGAUGGAUGAACAUUAAAUAAUCUGUUUGGUGGACCUGGGCGGCCAAGGUGUUAGCUUCUCUUGUUUCUAAAGGGAAUGAGGACACCGUCUCUUUUGCUGUUUACAGUUGCUACAGUUGCAGCUCGCGCCCCCCCCCCCCCUCCGCCCCCCGAGAAGAAAGUGUGAUGCCUUCCUGAUGACAAACUCGGUUUGCAUUUUCAUCGAUGAAUCGUUUCUUUGCAUUUGUCCACUAUGUACUGACAUGAUGUUCUGAGUACGCAUCAUUUUCUAAUGUGUGAAGUUCUGUGAUAUGGACGUUGUUUUCGUUUUCAUGUGAGUUGCUGUCACAUUGUUUUUUAUGAUUAUUUAAUGAUUGUUUGAGUUGAUUAGCGGUUUGUACCUCUGUUAUGUUGACUGUGCAAUGAGCAAACUCUGAUGGCCUUAAGUAUGGAUGCUUUCAUGGUUCAUAAACAAUGUAGGUUGAAUGUGGUUGUGGAAAAUGAGCUGUCGGUAUCAGUCUCGGUGAGUUGUAAGGCUGUAUUUGUUAAGAAGUACCUAUCACUCCCUGUCCCACUCCAAGCAAAGCCAUAUCUGUGCAACAGCCACCACUCCGCCAUGUGGGAGUUGUUUUUGUUUCUUUUUUCCAUUUGCAGUCACAAAUUGUCUAUCACAGGCUCAUUUUCCGAAUCGAGUUUUGAGCUUUUAGAAACGACUCCCUAGUAUGACUUGCUAAAUCACUAGCGUGGAAAAGCCAACUUGUGUUUUUUAUUUGUUUUGUAGAGCCGAAACUUCCCUUUUAAGCCAAGUGCAAUGUGAAAAUGGGACAGACCGACAUAAGACGGUGCCAUGAAGGUGUCUGGAUCGCAGCCAUUGCGUCCAACAUGCCGCAAACUCCUGAAACCGAUUUGGUUUUCCGGCUCAGCGGUCGAGCCGGUUGUUGAAGGUGCAGGGUGCCGAAGUAUUUAAGACCGACUUCUUCUUCUUGAAACAUAAACAUUCUGUUAACGGAGACGUUCUUCUUUCCAAAAUGUCAGGUUUUCAAGUGGCUAAAGCCUUCCUUCCUAGCGGAGUUUGGGGUUUACUGGCGGGAUGCUUGGGCCUACAUGGGAUGAGCAAUCACAUUGUGUUCUUUGUUAGCAGAGAGAUACUGGUGAAGCCUUGAUCACUUAAGAUAAUGUGUUGUGUUGAUCUGCUGGAACUCGCUAGCCUAGGUGACCUAUUUAUUGCAGUGUUUGCAUUGAUUGCAUCAUUGUGUAAGGUGUAGUCAGUGGUGGCAUUUCACAGAAUUGUGGUACAGUCCUCAGCAUAAAGCUGUUACGACACAGUCCAGAGCCAGUUGUGUAAAACUGCUUCAUAUGAUUUGUGUAGAACUGACCUGCCGCCAACAUCGACCUCCACUGAUUUAAUCUCAUUCACUUGUUCUGUUUUUGUUGUUGUUAAAGCCAAAGGUACUCAAGCCAGGAAACAGCAGCUUGCCAUUCAGGGUACCCCCCCUUCCCCAAUGUCCCCUCUUUGUCCUCCCCAAUUGUAUCUGGCCAAUGACCCCGCUCUUUUUGGACCGUCCGGGCGCUGCUCCGCCCCCUCUCUGCCGAUCCGGGGGCGCCCCAAGCCACCGGCUUCCCACCCGCAGACACGGCCAGUUGUGUCUGUGGCGACGCCCGAGCAAGCCGCCGGAGGCAACACGGGGAUUCGAACCGGCGAUCCCGUGUUGGUAGGCAACGGAAUAGACCGCUCCGCCACCCGGACGACCCCAUUCAGGGUAUUUCUAAAGCUUUGUACACAUGGUUUAUCAAACGAGAGGGUUUUUUUCUAAAUGGAGUGCACAAAAAGCUCGUUUUGCCCGCAGGGACGCCACAAAGUCGAGAGAGUUUAGUUUGUGCCACAGUUCUGAGACGUCGGUAUCGUACUGCCCCUCUGGUGCACGUGUGCGGUCUCGCAGCUCGGAUUUAGCUCGGCAGGUCUCGGGCGUCCUCGUCUCGGGUCGGGGGCUACCUGCGCAGCGGGGAGCGCGAGCGCUGCACGAGGGACUUCACCGUCGGCCUUAAUGCUCGGGCUCGAUGGUCGCGUGUAGGGGUGCAGAAAGAAGAGGAUACUCGACCCGAUGACGACGACGGAAAGAAAUCCAAGACCACGUUUACCAUCUCAGAACAACAGAGGUGGUUAAUUGUUUAUGUUAAUGACCUCUUGGUUUUCGCAGCGCUCCGCUGUUGUACCAGUCCCCUGUAAUCCAGGUCAAACGGUUCUUUCUUGCGCGAGGCGGUCUGGGAAGCACACUUUGGUCUACGUUGCGCCGCUGCCGCCUGUCAGGAGGCCGUGGGGUCCAUCACUGCGCCCGGUCCGCAGCCUACAUUCUGGGGCAAAACAACAAGCGCACACCUACCCCGUUAAACACGGAGCAGCCGGUGCUGAUGGAGCACCGGCUGCUCGGACCCGAGUUUUACUGGUCAUCUGGCGCUUCUGUUAAAUCCCGUUCUUGUUUCUUUCCGCAUCUAAACUUGAUUUCGCUUCGUGUUUUGCACAGUCUGACUGCUUGUAGUUGUGGAAGAUCACUGGCCUAGCCUGUAGCGAGCUUUGCUAGUUUGGACCGUGACGUUGGGGAUGAUGUGUUUCUAGUGUCACCGGUUAUUUUCUUGCCCGGAGCGGGAUUCGAUACAAGGUGUACUGCACCACAAGGCGACGUCACUAACCGCUCGGCUAAAGGGUCAGACCUUCUAGUCCAGUGGUUCUCAACCUUUUUGGGGUGCUGCACCCCCUGCGUAUUUUUGAUCUACCCUGAGGACCCCUCCACCCGAUCUUGGGGGAGGGGGGUUGCAAUUUGAUAGAAACAGUAGAAACUGCAUUUUAAAUUGCAUUAUAGCAUUUAUUCACUCUUUGGGGCAAAAAUAAGAGCUUUCAGUUGUAACUUAGAUAUAUGUAACAAAACAGAAUUUUUAUGCAGUAACUUUUAACAAUGCAAACGGGAGCGAGAUCUCUUGUUAAAAUACAAUAAAUUACACUUGUGAAACAGAUGUAAUUAGAGAAAAAAGUCGUUACCCUUUAUAGUUUAGGUAGAUAAAGGUCUCAGUCACAUUUGAGUAAAAUAAUCCUGUUUCUAUAAAUGUCAUAGGAUCUUUUUUUAAAGAUAUUUUAUUUUCACGGACCCCUUGCAAUUACACCACAGACCACUAGGGGUCCGCGGACCCCCGGUUGAGAAACACUGCUCUAGUCGAACGGCCAGUGGGUCUUAUUAGUAGUUUACAGUCGUCACCCACUCCCGGAAGCGCGCCCUCGCGCUUUGUUCUUCCCGCGCUCCGAAGAGACUUCUGAGGAUCUGCAUACUUCCGGAUCCCACCGCUGCCACCAAUGUAACCGGUUAUUUUGUUGCCCGGUGCGGGAUUCGAUGCGGGGUGUACUGCACCACAAGGCGACAUCACUAACCGCUCGGCUAAAGGGUCAGACCUCCCUAGUCGAUCGGCCAGUGGGUCUUAUUAGUAGUUUACACUAUGCCGCUAAUGCUAAUGCUAAUGUUGGAGGCGGAGUUCGUCUUGCCACGAAGCCACGCCACGCCCCGCUCCACGCGAGCGUCGCACAAGGGCACCUCGUUUAACGUCUCGCUCCGAAUCCCGGCUCGGGUCGUGCCUCGUGUUCUACGGUGCGAAGGGGAACUGAUGACGUCACGUUGACCCGGUUUGAACCUUCGGCGCUUCCUCCGGUUGGACAGCGGGUUGUGGCUAGAUGGGGGGGGGGUUGCUGCCGCCACGGGCGGAAGGGACGCAAAAUCUCGCCGGGCACCCCCCCCCCCAUCUAGCCACAACCCCUAGCUGACCUCCUGAGAGACAUGGCGGCGAAUUCGGAAGAGGCCCACGAAGGCUGUUUUCACGGCUUCCCUUCGCGUAGCAACGAAGUGCGCCCGGCGGGGUUUCGCCCCCCCCCGUCCGCGGCUGCGUCCCGCCCGGCCGCAACCGGCAGCGUGGCUGUUGUCGACAUGACGUCCAUCUGUGAAAAUACGUGAGGCAACUAGGUAGUGACGCAGUCAGGUGAUGCUUUAAUGUCUGGAGGCGUAAUUGUAAGUCGUGCUGGGAGCCUGUGUACUUUAUUUUAUGUUAUUACACCAUUCAGUAAAUUCAGCCCUCUGCUGACAGCAGAACUGAGUGAUUUUGAAUCUCGGCCCAUACUGGGGAAAGAAGCUCUGGACAGGUGUAAUGGCAUCUAUCGAUCUGUCUGUCUAUCUGUCU